CAAUACAUACCUCACCAUGGGCAAGACAUGCGUGAUCGCCUUGGCUGUUUUGGCCACGCUAUGUGCCAUCGCAGCCGUUACGGAAGGUAGUGGCGGCUAUGGCUACGUUGUCGUACAUCGACCCUACAGCUAUCACUCCUAUUACCGUCGUCCGUCGCACUACUACGGAGGGGGAUACCACUAUCCCGCUUACCGGUACUCCGGUGGACAUCAUACGUCCUACUCGUACCCACAAUAUUCUUACGGAUACGGAUAUCCAAGCCACAACCGCGGCUACGGUGGAUACCAUGGUGGGUAUGGCAGUUAUGGCGGCUACGGACAGAGAGGAUAUGGCGGCUACGGACGUGGAGGAUAUGGCGGCUACGGACAUGGCGGUUAUGGCGGCUAUGGACGUGGAGGAUAUGGCGGCUACGGACAUGGCGGCUAUGGCGGCUACGGACGUGGAGGAUAUGGCGGCUACGGACAUGGGGGCUAUGGCGGCUACGGACGUGGAGGAUAUGGCGGCUACGGACAUGGCGGCUAUGGCGGCUACGGACGUGGAGGAUAUGGCGGCUAUGGCGGCUACGGACGUGGAGGAUAUGGCGGCUACGGACAUGGGGGCUAUGGCGGCUACGGCGGCUACGGACGUGGCGGCUAUGGCGGUUAUGGUUAUGGUCACUAGCCUAUCACAUUUACCAAACGAGCGUUUCGUUGAAGUUAAAUCGUCGUUACAUUAUGUUUUAUCCAAAUAGUUAAAAAAAAGUAAAUGCUAUAUCCGUCGUAUCCCAUGUUGAUAAGAGAUUUAAUGAGGCGUUGUUAACAGAAAUAUCAUGAUAAUUGUAACACUGUUAGUCAAAAUUACAUUGUAUUAGAAGCCAUUCCGCAAGAAAGAAGUUUAGGUUUUAUCGUCUCCUUGACCUGUUUUACGUAAAAAUAAACGACUCCGCCAAUGGUUUUACUUUC